AUGAUUGUGAACCUGACAGUGCGAAAUUCAGAAUUGGAAGGGCUUUUUAUGACGGCGAAGAAGGCGUGGGAAGGUUUCUCCAAGGGGCUAAUCGAGGAGGUGCAUAAAUGGGGUUCUAUGAAGCAAACUGGCGUCAGCCUCCGUUACAUGAUGGAAUUCGGGUCCAGACCCACAGCCCGAAUUCUCCUCAUUUCUGCCCAGUUCCUCCACAAGGAGCUCCCUAUUCGGAUUGCUCGCCGAGCUAUUGAACUUCAGUCCCUCCCCUAUGGCUUGUCCUAUAAGCCCGCAGUUUUGAAGGUAAGAGAUUGGUAUUUGGAUUCUUUUCGUGACUUUAGAUCCUUUCAAGAUAUUAAGGAUAAGAGUGAUGUGUUGGAAUUCACACAAAUGAUUAAGAUGAUUAAAGUCAGGCACAACAAUGUGGUCCCUAUGAUGGCUUUGGGAGUUCAACAGUUAAAGAAAGAUUUGGAUCCUAAAAUCGAUUACAAGGAUUUGGAUGAAAUUCAUCAGUUUCUUGAUCGGUUUUAUAUGUCAAGAAUUGGGAUUCGCAUGCUCAUUGGGCAGCACGUGGCAUUGCACGAUCCCAAUCCUCUCCCUGAUUGUAUUGGUUAUAUACAUACAAAAAUGUCUCCUGUUGAGGUUGCAAGAAAUGCUAGUGAGGAUGCCCGUUCUAUUUGUUUGCGAGAGUAUGGCAGUGCACCAGAUGUUAAUAUCUAUGGGGAUCCUAACUUCACGUUUCCUUACGUACCGGCACACUUGCAUUUGAUGGUUUUCGAGCUGGUAAAAAACUCCCUUCGUGCUGUUCAAGAGAAGUUUAUGGAUUCAGACGAGGUUGCACCUCCUAUCCGUAUAGUAGUUGCUGAUGGAUUGGAGGAUGUUACCAUUAAGGUCUCUGAUGAAGGUGGCGGAGUACCGAGAAGUGGUCUUCCUAAAAUAUUCACAUAUCUCUACAGUACUGCAAAGAACCCCCUAGACGAGCACUCAGACAUUGACCUUGGAACCGUAACAACCAUGGCUGGUUAUGGUUAUGGACUUCCUAUAAGCCGUUUAUAUGCAAGGUAUUUUGGAGGGGAUUUGCAAAUUAUCUCCAUGGAAGGAUAUGGAACAGAUGCUUAUCUUCAUUUGUCUCGGUUGGGAGAUUCUCAAGAACCUUUGCCUUGA